AUGUCUGAUAACGAAGAUCAGACUGCAGAACCUGAAAAGCACCCUCCGAGGCGUAAACUAAAGAAACGACCAAAUCGCGAUAACAUAUUUUCUUAUCGGGGACAAAUUCCGUUGUCAUUUCGUGGGAAGAAGGUAAAAGUUGAUUCCGACAGCUCCGAGUCCGAAGAUAACGACGAAGCCUUUCAAAGAGUGCAGGCAGAACAACAUGAGGCAAAAGAAAUGGCUGAAACACGGGAGAGUGAUAGCGAUGGAGAAGAUGAUCUAAUGUAAGCUCCUUUAAAGUCUACACUCACAGUCUGACUUAAGUGGGCUCAGCAAAUACGAUGUGCGUUAAAGCGUAACUUUAAAUUAAGUGCAAAGAGCUUUUGGAUUUGACAGUACCACAUGAAGUAACUACUUUUCAUGUUACCUUCAAUGUCAAGGGCACUUUCCCUUUCUUUCUAUGUUUUCGUUUUUCGUCACGUUUGGUGCAUUAGUUUGUUUUGUAAAGGUGCCUAUUGUUCUCUGCAUUUUCUGUUGUUGUUAUUUGAUCGUAAUUAAAAGAUUCUCUGAUGACAAUGUUUUAUUCCAACUUCUUUUUCAUUCAGAUUUAGUAAAUUAACCCUGUAAGUUUUAAAUAGCAGUACAGGUAGCUGAGCUUUCCUUUGCAAAAGAAAGCAAUGAUUCUGGUAGUAGUGGUUAUAAAAUGAUAACAUGUUGUACAAACAAUGUUGAAUUGAAAUACAAAGGUGUGACAAUAAUUGUCACACCUUUGUAUUUCAUUAUUAGCUUGAUUCUAUUAUUUUGUGAGUACCUGAAUAGAUCCUUGUUUUGUUUCUGUUUAUUAAUGUUAUAAAACUGGGUCUAUUCAUAGAUGCAUAAGAGAAGAUAAGUCUGUUGAAGAUAUUGACAGCUCAACAAGUGAUAUCCGAGAAGUGAGUUUUAACAGGUCACCAUCCCCACCUCCCCCUGACCCUACUGCAGCCACACGUUUAAUAAUUCAUGAACGGCAAAUGAGAAAUCCAAGAAUUAGGUAGGUAAAUAAUUACCCAAUAAUUUUCAACCAAGCAAAGCACUAGAUGGUUUCAUAGUUCCUUAUUUUACCAGAAAAUCCUCAAAAUCAAAUCCUCACUGUAACAAGCAGCCAUCUUUGGUUUCCAAUGUAGUGAGUGUAACCUGGGGCAGAGUAUUAGGGGACUGGGCUGUGUUGGGAGGAGGUGAGAAAUCAGAUGCCUUCCACUCAAUAUAUUGAAAUCAAGAGAGGUGAGGUCCUGUAUUGGGUAUUUAACAAUAAAAUUAUUCCUCGAGCCCGAAUGGGCUCUGAGUCUAGCCCAUGAGGCCGAAGGCCUGAUAGCUUUUGACUCAGAGGCCAUGAGGGCGAGAGUAAUAAUUGUUUUAGUAAAAUUCAACUAGUUGGUCAAAAAUAUCGAGAAUAAAAAAUUUUUGGCUGCUUAAAGCUAGACUUUAAUCCUUUUUUGCUGCCAAAAAGCUGGGGCUUUUCGCCACCAGUGGGCUAUGACAUAUAGUCUAGUAGUAGCUCAACCAAUCAGAACGUAGCAUUGAUAAUAGACCACUUGUUGGAUUUUAUUAAAUUCAGUUAGUCUUCUUUGUGAUUCUAGAAUUCUUCAAAAUGUGUUUUUGAAACUAAGAAUCUCUUUGGGAUAGGCCUGCUCAUACCUGGAAAUCCUGGCUCCCCCUUAUUAAUAAUAUUCUUCCUUUGAUUCAAAAAUGUGCCAGGUAUACAUGUAUAGCAGUUUGCCUGUCCAGGGCAAGUGACAAUACAGAUUUAUUUUAUUGCUGAUCACUUGCCAAAUUCAUUUUUCAGAGAACUUGACAAUGUUCUGGAUAACCUGAAAAGAUCAACAGAUAGCACCCUUUUUUCACCUGAUAGCCACAGACCAUCCAGUGUUGUUAACGUUGAUAGCCUAGAUGACAGUUUUGGACUCCCUAGUCCAUCAGAAAGAACUGUUGUGGCAAAAGUUCGAACGAGGACAGGAAUGCGCAGAUUCACAAUGAAAGCUGUAAGUACUGUCCAUCACUGUUUUCUUUUCAGUAACAGGAGCUAGAUGUGUAUUUUCAAGUGUCCAACUAGGCACGAGUAGACUGCAGGCAGUCUCUUAUUUUUCUUUGCAAAGUUACUGCACUUAAAUCCAAGCACACAAGCGGUGAGCAGCCACGAUAAACAAGGGCAUAAGCCCAAGAAGAAAAAAUGAGAGACUGCUGACUCUUUUGUUCUGUUUGGGGACAACAAAGCUGUCAAUGUAAUUUAAUUAACCAAAUGCAAUUAAACCCAGUACCGGUAACUUGAAACAAUUUAUAUAUAGAAUAUAAACAACUGAAAAAUUACACUUUCCUUAAUUCUGGUAAGAUUGCCUUAAAUUCCUUUCCCUUGAAGAAAUUUACAGCAGUUUCCUUAUGUAAGACAUCCUUUAAAGUUUUAGUUUACAAGCAAUUACCGCUUUGUCAUUGUUCGCAGGUAGUUGUGAUGCAUGACUAUUUUUGUCACUUGCAAUCUCACCACAGACCAGUCAAUGAUCUGUCAACAGCUGUAAAAUUGACCAAUCACUUACUCUGUUUCUGGGCUGACGGAGGGUUUGUUUAUUACAAAAGACUCUGCAGUCUGUCUUUUGUCAAAAACAAAAAGCACAGUGGCUUGGCUAAUCAGGCAGUCAAGUUGAACCAUUAAUGUAUUAAAUUUCCGUAUGGUUGGAAAUUUAAUUGGAAAUGUAAUAAUUUAUUACUUCCCCAUUAAUGUCUUCACAUGAGGUUAAUGACAUUUACUUUGCUUUCACAGUCUGAACCAUUUGGAAAGAUCAUUUUACAGUUAGCUGAGCAGGAAGGUGUAACAGAAGAUACGAUCUUGUUAACCCUUAAAGAUAUCAAUAUCCUUGGUUAUGACACACCCAUUUCUGUCCAACUCGAUGUAGCAGAUAUCAUUGGUGAGUUCCUCCUAGAAGACCCUCUGGAACAUUUUUGCCCUACAUCGGUACAUGCUUAGUUCCAAACCUAAUGGAGGAAGCAACAUAAAUCAACCUAAGAAACUAUUUACUUGUUCAGGAUGAUUGUCAUGCAUGGUAGCACAAAUAAACAUCCCUUAAACCUUUCUUUUUUUCUAGAAUGUGUUGUAAUGAACACUCCAGCAAUGACUGACAAAAUAGAUGAUGAAGAGGCCAAUCAAAUUGAGAUAAAAGUUCAAGGAAAAGAUGCUGACUCAAAGAGAACUUUUAAAAUCUCAAAGGUACAUGAUUGUCUUUCUAGAUAUGUCCAGGCUACAGUGUGUACUAAAAUGUUUUAGUGUUUUUACUGACUUGAAAAGCAAGUGACAUCUGUUUGUGUUUUGUUUUGGUUUUAGACUGAUCCACUAGAGAAGCUCAUGGCAGCAUACUGUGAAUUCAGAAAAAUACCUCAUUCUAAGCUCAAAUUCUUUUUUGAUGGGGAGCUGCUGAAGGGAAGCGAAACCCCAGUUGACUUAGAUAUGGAGGAAGAAGAUAUCAUUGAUGUUAGUGAGAAGUGA